AUGUUUUAUGAAAAUUUAAUUCCUUAUUAUUCACCGUACGAAGAAGAAAAAUUUCUUCGUCCAAUGGAUACAUUUAAUCAACAACAACAAAAUUCCUUUUAUUAUAAUAAUAAAAGAAAAGACUGUUCAUUAUCAUCAUCGUUAUUGAAUUCGUCUAUGUUAAAUAGUUCACCAACUCCUUCAUCAUCAUCUUUUUUCCCGACAUUACCAAAUAAAUCUAUAUCGAAGAAGGUUAUGCAUUCGACAGAUGCUUUAUCUUUUUGUCAUACAAUCUAUAUAACAAUUAAAAAACGUCGAAAUACAUCAUCUUGUUCAUCAUCAUCACCGUCACUUAAUUGUACUCAUCAAUCAGCUGAAGAUUCUCAGCUUCUUUUAUUACCCGACAUCUGUUGUAUUAUACCAACGACUUCAAAUACACCGACCAACAAUACUCUUCUUACUCCUACUACUCCUGAAUCAGGUAGUUCUAUAAUAAAAUCGACAAAUUUUACAGGUUCAGUACCAACCAGUCGGGCUGAGAUACGUCAUAAAAGUGAAAUUGAAAUUGAAGUUAAACAUGAAAAACAACGACAAGCAAAUACUAAUAAUAAUAAUAAUACAUCACCUACAUCAACAUCAUCAUAUCCAUCGAUUGCACGACCAACAUCAAUAACAAAUAAACGAACACCAACAAUCCUCUUUGAUGAACAAUCUGUAUCACAACCAUAUCACAACAACACAAAACGUCGUAUAUUAACAAAUUCAAUUCAAACUCAAACACCACCAUUACAAUUAAAUCAACAUGAUCAUCAUGUACAACAACAACAACUUAAAGCUUUAACAGAUGAAUCAUUAUCAAAAAAUGAAAAGAUUCAAGCUAUUUUACGCGAACUCACUGAUUGUCAGGCGAUAAUCAAACAGCAGGAACAACAAUUGGCGAACGGUAAGAAGGACCGUGAUCAAUUGUGUUUUAUUGUCGAUGAGCGUUCGAAUGAAUUACGUAAUCUAAAGCAAAAGAAUGAACAAUUGGAGCAAAUGAUAAGAAAUGAAGAAGAACAUAGCAACGACGAAAAGAAACUCUUAUCUCUUUUACAAGAAUCUCAAGAAGAACGUGAUGAUUUAUUAAGUCAACAGCGGAAAACACAUGAACGCAUACAAAAAUUAGAAGAACAGUUAAAACAUUACGAAACUGAAGCAGCUAAAAUGCGUGAUAAUGUCUUAUGUUCAAAGAUAAAACUUGAAAAAAAAUCUGAUGAAAAUGAACGUUUAACAAAUGACUUUAAUGAAAUGAAAAAAUCAUAUGAACGUCUUGAACAAGAAAAUCAAAAACUAAAAUUACAAGUUGAACAGGAACGAAAAAAAGCUGACGAAUCUACAAAAUUAAAAGCCUUAUCUGAUAUUGAAUUACAAAAUAUUCAAGAAAAAUUACGUACACAGCGUUAUGAACAUGAAACGAAAAUUGCAACAUUAGAUGAAACAUUAAAAUAUUCACAAAAACAAUAUCAAACAUUACAACAAAAUUAUCGUACGAUAGAAGAUAAACAUGAAAAAGAAAUUCAUAGUUUAAAACAACAUAUUAAUGAAUUAGAAAUCAAAAUUGAAGAAGUUAUUAAAGAUAAAGCAUUAGCAUCAAUACGUUGUGGAGAAUUAAUUGAAGAAAAUCGUAAAUUAGAAAAGGCUUUAAUUGAUAAAGAAGAUGAUUAUGAAGAAAAAAUAGCUGAAUAUAGAGAAAAAAAUUCUUUAUUAUCAACACAAAUUGAAGAUGUAGAAAAAAAAUUAGCAGAUACAAAAAAACAACUUGAAUUAGUUACUAUUGAAAAAGAUGAAACUUUAGCUGAUAUGUUAAUUGCUGUACGAGUUGCAAGUGAAAUGCGACAUGAUGCCGAAGAUCGAUUAAGUAAAGCUACAGAUGAUCUUAAACGUGUUACAGAACAUAUUGAACAAGAAAAAGCAAUUAAUAAAGAAGUUCAACGAAGACAGAUGCAAUUACCACCAACAAGUCGAAAUAAUAACGGAUUUUGUGAUGUCGGUCAUAUAAGAAUAAAAGAAAUGAUUCGAACAUUAGAAGCUAAUUCACGAAAUAAUGCAUUAAAUAAUCAUAUCGAAUCUCCAAUUCGUCAACGACCUUUAUCACAACCAUGUACACGUACAGAAACAAAUGCUAUAUUAACAAAUAAUCAUCAUCGACAAUUUGGUACAACGACCGAUGAUGCUAAACUUUUAUCAACAACACGAAAACAUAAUUCUCCACCAUCAUCAUCUUGCAUAAAUACUAGCCAUCGAUCAGAUAUUUCACUUCGAUCGAUUACAAAUGAACAAUAUGAUGAAAUGAAAUCAAUAGUUGAAGCUGUUUUUGCACGAAUGCCAGGAAGUGUUUGUAAACGUGAUGCUUUAUUAAAAUGGUGUAGUGAAAAAUUGGCAAACUAUGGAAUAUCAAUAACAAAUUUUUCAAAUUCAUGGACAGAUGGUAUUGCAUUUUGUUCAUUGUUACAUUCUUAUUUACCUGAUCGUAUUGAUCUUGAUAUAAUUAAAAAUGAAUCAAAAAAAAAACGUUUUGAAAUUGCUUUUAAUGUUGCAAGUAGUGUUGGAAUUGUAUCAAUAUUGGAUGUUGAAGAAAUGUGUUCAUCUGAAUGGCCUGAUUGGGAACGUGUGAUGUAUUACGUUGCAUUAAUAUUUCGUCAUUUUGAAGGAUUAACAUCAAGUCAACCUAUUUCACCAUCAAUGCCAAUACCACAAGCAACAUCAUCACCUCUUUCAUCAUCAAAUUCUUCACCAACAUUUUCCAGUUCAUCGUCAUCAUCGUCAUCAUCAUCAUCAUCAUCAUUAUGUGCAUCACUUCGAACAUCAAACUCAAUCCCGACAACACUUUGUUCGGCAUUACAGACUGUAUAA